GCAGUGCUUCGUCGCCGCUGCCGUAGCCCGCAGGCCGCUGAGCUGCCACACCUCCAGUCAGCUCACGUGCGUCGGUACUCGAGGAGGCACGUCGGUUCGCGAACUCAUCACCCAGCUAACCUGUGAUUUUACACAUCAGUGAUUUUGCCAAAUCGCGCCGGAACCAAGCCGCAGCAUGGCCGACGCGGAGCGAAAGGUGGGAGCGAGGGGCGAGCUGGCGUGCGGAGUGGACGCGGAGAGCGUGCUGCUGCAGCUGGGCCAGGCGGGCCGGUUCCACUUGAGGAUGUACGCGAUGGUCGCCUUCGCCGCGAUCCAAGUGGGCUUGCUGCACACCACAUACAUCUUCCUCGCCGCAGACGUGCCCUACAGGUGCAUGGUGCCGGAAUGCGAGCUGUCCAAUACCACUGUGUACAGUCCGACGUGGCUGGAGGGCGCGUUGCCGCCCGAGGGUCGCGAGCGCCGCUGCAGCCGCCGCGCGCCUCUCUACGACCCGCCCUGCGACCACGACACACCUUUCAGCGAGGAGUUGCAGCUCUGUGACAAGUGGCUGUAUGGUGCUAACAACACUAUUGUUGCUGAGUUCAACCUGGCGUGCCAAGAAUGGAAGCGGACCCUGGUGGGCACCAUCCACAACAUCGGCAUGCUGGUGUCGUUGCCCAUCUUCGGCUACAUAUCUGAUCAUUGGGGCCGAAAACGAGCUCUGAUCCUAAGUUGCACGCUGGUCGGCGUCAUCGGCUCGCUGAAGGCAUUCUCCAUCAAUUAUGAGAUGUACGUGGUAGUGGAGUUCCUUGAGACCGUCGUCGGAGCUAGUGCCUUCCCUGCCGCCUACAUCCUCACAAUCGAACUUCUAGGCCAAGACAAGCGAGUCUUCACAACAGCUUUUCUAGGAAUAAUGUUAGUAAUCGGCGGAAUCAGCUUCGCACUCCUAGCAAAGGCCUUCCAAUACUGGCGAACGUUCAUUCUGGUGGCCUAUCCACCUUCUUUACUCUUCCUUACAUAUAUCUACCUUCUGCCAGAGAGCAUUAGAUGGUUGCUAUCUAAGGGAAGGAAGGAGGAAGCCGUAGAAAUAAUUAUGAAGGCUGCAAAUCUCAACAAAGUGACGUUAUCGGACGAAACGAUGAAACAACUGACCGAGGAGAAGGUGAAGCCAGUGGAAGAGAAGAAAGGGAGCCCUGAAACACAAGGAAUUUGGAUGCAAGUGAUGAAGUCGCCUAUAAUAAUGACGCGGCUCGCGAUCUGCUCUUGGUGGUGGAUCACGUGCACAUUCGUGUUCUAUGGGUUGGCGAUCAACUCGGUGUCACUGGCAGGCGACAAGUACACCAACUACAUGCUGGUGGUGGGCGUGGAGGUGAUUUCGGUGGUCACCAACGCGCUGGUGCUGGACCGCAUCGGUCGCAAGCGGACGCUGCUCGUCGCGUACAUGGUCUGCGGCGUCGCCUGCGUCGCGAUACCUUUCGUGCCGAAAACUUUGCCAUGGUUGGCGACGCUGCUGUACUUGGUGGGCAAAAUCGCCAUCACGCAGGCAUUCAGCGGCAUCUACAUGUACACGUCGGAGCUGUUCCCCACGCAUGCACGGCACACGCUGCUCGGCUUCUGCUCUAUGGUGGGUCGCAUCGGCUCCAUCGUGGCGCCGCAGAUGCCACUCUUGGCAAUCUACGUAGACUGGCUGCCGUCAGUGCUGUUCGGUUCGACGGCGCUGGUGGCGGGCGGCCUGAUGCUGACCACGCCCGAGACCCUCAACACGCGGCUCCCGGACACCAUCCUCGAGGCGGAGCAGCUCGCCAAACAACACAAGAAGCCCAGCGACGAUAUGCAGAUGACCAGGAAUCUAUAACGCAUGACAAAAUACGGGUUUAAAUUAUAAUGAGUUAGUGCUUAGUUAGGUAUCUAGAAGAUAAGAAAAGGACAUAAUGAAAGAGAUAUGUAGGUGCUCUGAAUAAUGAAUAGUAUCCUCCAUUCCAGUAAAUGUUAUUUAUUAGCACUUGAUUACUCGCUGUGUUAUUUUCUCUCUCGCCAAUUAAUUUAAGAAACAAACUAGCUUAUUUAUUUUUAUAAAUUACUAUAAACGGAUUAAAUUUAGUUCAAUAACCUUUAGAAUAAAAAAAAACAUCUUCAAAUAGAUCACUCUGUAUUUAAGACUUAAUUUAUUACAUACUACUUUAAAAAAUACGACGACUAGAAGUUUUAACUACGAAUUAAUUGAGGACCAUCCAAAGAUGUUAUCUACUCAUACAGUAUCAAUCGAUCGAUGUAACUAUAUUAUAGUACCUCUAAUAUUAUUAUUAAUCAAUGCGUCAGCAAUAUGCCAUGUAUGUAGACUUAUCAAUACUUAGGGCUUAUUCCACAACUUCUGAGCAAAUGUUACUUGUUACAUAAAUAUAAAAUCCGACCAAAUACAAACAGCACUCUCUCACCCAAAUAAAUUGUAAUAAAAUGAGUACUAUCUAAAUUAGCUGUUUAUUAUGAUAACUGUAAAAUAAAAUUUACUUGAAACUUGUGAAACAGGCCCUUACUAAUACAAAUGAUGUAUAAGAAGGUAAGUCUACAUGAUUAUGACGAUGUACCAAUUAAUACAUCACAUUUGUCAACGUUUAACUUUAAGUUAGUUUUGUUCAAACUAAAACAAUAUUAAAAGAUUUUCCCAACAUCGUCUUUCGAAACACAAAUCAAUUGAUCGCAGUCAAAACAAAAUUAAAACGGUUGUCGGAGUUGACUUCAUGUUGUUUACACUAGUGCCAACAAGUGAAUCAAUGUUUAGAUAAGCUCGUAGAUAAUAUGUGUCUCAGGGUGUUGAGCGCAGUUCAGUGGUUGCUUCAGAGUGCUGAGCUUCCACUGUUUAUUAUUCGUUGUGUUUAUAUUCAGGCGGUCAUAUGCCCGUCUCGCAAUCUUGUUUUAAAACAGAAUAUAAAUUUACUGGGUCUUUUGAAUUUCCAUCCAAUCCAAAAUAUUAAUUGGGUAUAUAGAGUAUUACUUCUGUGCGAGUGUUUGAGUGUCAAAUAGCCGGCGCUUGCUACGCAGGCGAUGUUUUGUAUUGUAGAAUGAUGGGGUCGCUUAGCUAAUUAUGAUGUAAAGCAAAACUUUGUACGAGGGUAACCAGAAUUUAUGUCACCAGUACCACGCCAUACUAUGGUGGGAUUGGGCAUUUAAAACACGUUUUUAGCAGCCUCCUAAAUAAUUUAUAAUAACAUCAAUACCAGUUAAAUUUGUUUUAAUAAUAUUAACAAUACUUGUACUCGUAGUGACUGCUCGCUUCGUUCUUAGUUAUUUAAGUCCAUCCAAUGGUUGUCUGGAAGAAAUCGCUGACUGGGAUAAGCCCGUCAUUUGUAUUUCCUGUACGUUCAUCAUAUCUAUUGUAUUGUUUACUUUCCUAUACGACUUGAUGUAUAAUAAAUAGUAUAAAUCAAUCAAUAACUAGACAUGCCAUAGACAUUUCAUAGCCAUCUGGUGAGCUUUAUCCUCAUUAUAGAGUAUGGCACUGUACUACAUUCGACACGGAUAUUUGAUUAUGUCUUUACUACAGUAACACUCUCAAUUGUUUCAAAGGGUUGCGAGCGCCGAGAGCGCUCAGCCAAAAUUCCGAUGUGUUGGAUGAGUCAGACCUUGCUACGCUAACGAACGUAGGGUCAUGUAAAAAGAACUUUGUUGUUAUGUGAUGUCAUUUAUCCUAUUUAUAAUGAUAAUAUUGUCAUUGAGUUAUGGUAGUUUCACUUAAUAUAUAGACUUACCAGUUGAUUCAGGUACAAUACGCGCCAUCAUACGACUCAAUACGUUUGCAUAAUUAAGAGACAACAAUGAUUUUGUUAUAUAUUCUGCUAAGAUUAUUUCUAUCUAUUCAUUACAUUAAUUUAUUAUAGCUAUGGGAUUGUGAGCACUCAGGUCAUAUGACUCAAGCAUAAAUAUUUGUAAAUCACGCAAAAAAUUGUCUCAAUGCAAUUCGAAAUUUAUUUUCAUGCGGUUUUUUUCUCGCUGUAUAAUAAUCUAAAUAAGCAGACCAUAUUACGAGAUAAGUUUGAUGCAAACUGUUUGUCUGCCUACCCUUUUAAUUCUGUGAAUGUUAAUUUGAAUGAAUUGAAAUUCGAACAUGUUUAUUGCUUGCUGAUUUAUAGUGUUCUCCCGAAUGUUUUAAACACAUUCCGUGCAUACAUUCCGCGCGGUAUUUUUGUAAGCGGCGCGUAAAGUUUGUUCCAAUUAAUGUAAUGUAUUUAAUUCUGUAACUUAUGUACAUAUUAAAUGUUAUCUUGUAA